CGUUGAAACCAACGAGGAGUUGCACAAUCUUUCUUGUGUGGUGCUGUUAACAAUGGAGAAAUGCAAAUAAAUAAUCCCUUGCAUUUUUAUUACAAGUAUAAGAACACUUUCUCUGCUACAAUAUUCUUUCGUCUAUACUUUUCAAAAAUGGUGGACAUCCAAGACUACACCAUUCUCUUUCUUGUUUGGUUAAUUUCAACCCUCCUGGUUCGAGCCAUCUUCUUGAAAACACGAGCAAAACCACCUCUCCCACCGGGUCCUACAGCAUUUCCAAUCAUAGGACACCUUCACCUUCUCCGUCCGAUCCCUCAUCAGGCACUACACAAUCUCUCAGAACGCUAUGGUCCCUUAUUUUACCUUUCCUUUGGUUCCGUUCCUUGUGUCGUUGUCUCUUCUCCUGAAAUGGCGAAAGAGUUCCUGAAAAAUCAUGAAAUGUCCUUCUGCAAUCGCCCGUCAACUGUGGCGGUUCGAUGCUUGACUUAUGGUGCAUCUGACUUCAGUUUUGCUCCUUAUGGUCCUUACUGGAAGUUCAUGAAGCAAAUAUGCAUGAGUCAGCUUCUUGGUGGACAAACCCUAGAUCGGUUUCUUGAUGUCAGGCAAGAAGAAAUCGAAGUUUUCUUGAAAUUAAUGUUGCAGAAGGGUCAAGAAGGGAAGGAAGUUAAUCUUGGUGAAGAGUUAAUGACCCUCGCAAACAAUAUAAUCUCGAGAAUGACCAUGAGCAAGAGGUGUUCAACUACAGAUGAUGAGGCUGGGGAUGUGAGGAAAUUGAUUGAAGAGGUUGGUGUGAUUACAGGGAAGUUCAACUUUCAAGAUUAUAUUUGGUUUUGCAAGAAUAUAGAUGUACAAGGAUUUGGGAAGAGGAUUAAGAAAGUGCAAGUGAGAUUGGAUUCAAUGAUGGAAAGUAUCCUGAAAGAGCAUGAAGAGGCAAGGAUGAAGAAGAAGAAUGGCAAGACAAGUGAAAAUGGUGAAUUGGGUGAUGAUUUCAGCAAGGAUCUUGUUAAUAUAUUGCUGGAUAUCAUGGAAGAUGAAAGCUCAGAGAUGAGACUUUCCAGGGAGAGUGUCAAAGCCUUUAUCCUGGAGAUGUUUACUACGGGCACAGGAACAUCUGCAGGUGUAAUCCAAUGGGCAAUGGCAGAGCUGAUAAACCAUCAAAAUAUAUUCAAGAAAGCAAGAGAAGAAAUCGAUUCCUUUGUUGGAAAGAAAAGGCAUCUCAAGGAAUCAGAUAUUCCAAGCCUACCUUACCUUCAAGCCAUUGUGAAGGAGACCCUGAGGCUGCACCCAUCAGGUCCAUUAUUCACCAGAGAAUCAACUCAAGACUGCAACAUUGGAGGCUACCACAUUCCUCCUAACACAAGACUCCUUGUCAAUGUGUGGGCAAUUGGAAGAGAUCCCAAUUACUGGGAAAACCCAAUGGAGUUUCAGCCAGAGAGAUUCAUGGGUAGUAGUGUAAUUGAUGUUAGAGGCCAACAUUACCAUCUUUUGCCAUUUGGGAGUGGAAGAAGAAGCUGCCCUGGAACUUCUUUAGCAUUACAAGUUAUCCAUACUACACUAGGAAGUAUGAUCCAAUGCUUUGAUUGGAAGGUCGUCAAUGGAGAGUCCGUAGACAUGAGCGAAGCUGCUGGGAUCUCUCUCUUGAUGGAAAAACCUCUGAUGUGUGUCCCUGUAGCACGUUCACAGUGCAAGGAGAUCAUGGGUUGA